GGACGGAUGGAAUAUACCGGUCAAGGUGUAAUGCUGAAUAAAGGGAUGUGCUUGUUUUUCUCUUAUUAGGGAGCUUGAAGAGAAAGGUCUAUUAAGAUGUCGCAGGGCGGCGGCUCAUCGAAUGGUCCCAAGAAGGGCCUGACGCUCGAUGACCUCAUUGCGGCCAUUAACGGGCAUGAAAGGAACCCGAGCAAUAUCCCUAAAGUCGAUACCUUCCAUUGUUGUGGGGAAAGAGUCUCGGAAUGGCUGGAACGGGUGGAACAAGCUUUGGUCGGGCGGUCGGACGUGGUAAAAUUUCAACGCAUUCUUCAGUAUGUCCUCCACAGGUACCACCAGGAAGUGAAGAAAGUCAUAGAUGCGGUCGAAGGUAGCUGGGAGAGGUUUAAGAAGGGGAUGCAGAGGAAAUACCGCCUGGGAGAUGGGCUAUUGACUACCGCGGACCUUGAGGCAAUGAACAAAGAAGAUUUUACGACGAUAUGGGCCUUUGUUCAAGAAUUUAAGAAGAGGGCGCGGAAGGUCCAUGGGAUUUCGGAGGAAGCACAGUGCGCCAUCUUCUUGGGGCUACUCACGGCAUCGGAGGCCGUCGAGUUGACGAGGCAUGGAGGAGGUAGCACCAAGCUCACCUGGGCCACCAUUGACAGAGGGGUGGAAGUUGGGUGUUUGGACCAGGUGGAGCAACGUCAGGUACGCCUGCAAAAGCAGAAGAGAAAGGAAAGAGAUGCGACCGCUUCUGGGACCCCGGGGGUAACAAGGAUUGUUACAUACGUAUUGGCACAGCUGGGGUAUGCGACAGAGUCGGUGGUGCAAAGGAGGGUAGUAACGGCUGUCCGAGUGAAAGGAAAGGAGCCGGUGAUAGAGGAGGCUGUUCAAGAAGAACUCUGGGAAGAGGAAGAGCCGGUGCCGAAGCUCCUGACAAAGGCCCAACGCAAAGAAAGUCUCGACCAGUCAGGCUCGUUGAACCCGGCAGGAAAUGUGGACGAAGUGCCCGAGAGCCAGGACGACGAGUUCGAGGAGGGGGAGAUUAAGGAGGUUUUUCGUGCAGAGGAGUACGAAGGGAUCUACAUAGAGCAAGGGUUUCUUCUGUCUUGCGAAAUGCAGCUAAGGGAUGCGAGCGAUAGAGCUCAGAGGAUGCUGCAGCGCUACUUAGUGCGAGACGGCCACCUUUUCGUGAGAAGAGAAGUGGGGAAUCCCAGGAGGGUCGUCUGCGGUAGGAAUCAUCAGGUCGACGUCGUAGCAGCGCUUCACGAUGGCAUUGUAGGAGGGCAUCGAGGGGUACAAGCCACGUAUGCCAAAAUAAGUGAGUUGUACUACUGGGAUGAGAUGAUGGAUAUGGUCGGGAAGUUCUGUCGAUCGUGCGUACCUUGCCAGGAAAGGUCCCGUUUAAGACAAGGAGAGCCGCUGCAUCCAAGGCUAGAGCGAGAGGUAGGGGUUGUAGUGCAUCUCGAUCUACUUUUUAUGCCGCUUGGGGAUCAGGGCUAUAACUACAUCUUCGAUGCGUGCGAUAACCUGUCCGGCUUCGUAGACGGGCGCGCUAUUCGCACAAAGACCGAGUCAGUCCUGGUGAGCUGCAUCGAGGAGUAUUACCUACGCUAUCCUUUCGUCAAGGAAAUUCAUAAUGGACAGGGGAUCGGAGUUUACCUGCCAGGAGGUGCAAGAACUGUUAUCAAGGCGAUUGAGAGGCUGAGGGGAGCAGGCAGGUUCGAGGAACCUAUUACCAGGAUUCGUAGGGAGGCGACGACGAGGCAGGAGGUGGAGACGAGGAUGCAGGAGCUGCGACCUUCGCCUGUGGGACCAGAUGGCAGGCCGAUCCGCCUAGAGAUCGGAAACGCGGCGGAUUUUAUUCCUGCCUUUGAGUGGUUCAUUCAGGGGCAGGGUAUACCGAGAGAUGAGUGGGCGAGGACGUUACCCCUCUGGACCAGAAAGGCGGAGAGGGCACUGGCCAAGCAGGUCAGAGACAUGCCCCGGGACUGGGAGAGUUGCAGAGCGCACCUGAGAGAGGCCUUUCGACGACCAGAGCCCCCUCAGCCCAGAAUAGAGAGGCGUCAGAGGAGUCAGAGGCAGAGGGACCCUGAGCCCAGGGAGGCGAGACCAUCUCGAGGAGGACGGAAGGCCUUAGCCAGAAGCGAAGAGGAACCAGAGCCGGAGCCAGAGGCAAAGGAGCGACGGGCAUACCCUGAGUGUGGGUUGGGACCAGUGGAGUUCCAUCGGUUUACCGAGGGUGGAUUGAGGAGGUCGCCAGCCCGCACACAGGAGGAGCCGCCAGCAUCUGAGGGGCCCUUGAGGGAAUUGGAGACGCAUUUAAAUAUUUCUCGGUGGAGGGCGUCGCCUCGGGGCAAGGAGCAUGGAGAGCAGGCAGAGGAGGUGCCACGAGAGGAGGUGUCACGAGAGGAGGUGCCACAGGAGGAGGUACCACGAGAGGAGGUGCCACGGGAGGAGGUUCAGGAUACUCAGCGAGAGAGAGGGUUGGGCGAUGAGGGGAGACGUGCAGGGAAGGAAGUGAUAGAGGUUGGAGAGGACACGCCCCCACAGACGCCAGUGCUGGGUUUGAGACUCGGGGAUGCACCAGGGAGCACUCGCCAGGCAGGGGAGAGGUUGCAGAGAGAGGAGGCCCCAUUGCGUUCAUCAGAAAAGGCCCCUUCGCCAGAAGGGAGAGCAGAAAGGAGGAGAGAGAGGGCAGCUGUAAGGAAAGAGGCGUUGACCCUGAUUGACAGACAUCUAGCAGCUUAUGCCCUGGAGCACCCAGACCUGGAGGAGCCAGCACCUGCAGAGCCGCGCCAGGAGCCGUGUCAGCCCAAGAAGGAGAUGGAAGCAGAGAUCCCAAAGAGGGUCGACCUCCGCACGAGGGAAAGGGCGCCAGCUGGAAAGACGGUUGAAGAAAAGAGGGCGAGAGAGGCAGAGGUUGGAGGCAGCGGGGGAGCUUCCGGAGCAGCAGCAGGAGAGGCAGAGGUCGGAGGCAGCGGGAGCACUCCCAAGUCAGCCACCCAGCGCGCCAGCUAGGGCCCCGGAGAUCCCAAAGAUGUA